AUGGCGCAUGCAGUCACCGCGACGAUAUUCCGCAAGAAGUUUGGCGAAUAUCCGGUCGCAAAGGUCUUUGCGACCACUGACUCGGUGCCCGAUCUCGCGGAGUUAGAGACGCCAGCGUACAGCGCAGCCUUCGACGCCGAUCCAAUGGUGAGAAGGCAUGCCGCUUGCGACGAAUGCAGGAAACGAAAACUAAAGUGUUCAGGCGAGCCGAGCGGCUGCGAACGAUGCCUCAAGCACCAGCUGAUUUGUCACUAUUCCGCUCAGAAACAGAUGGGACGUCCGCGCAAGAGACGGAAGGUGAAUGACACUCCAGGACACCUGAAUAAUACUUCGAUAGAGGCGACGGGGAAUUACAUUCCUGCUAUUCAUCAGUCGGCACUACCAGUACAACCCCCUCUCCCAACACUGCAGCCUCUUCAGACAACGGUCGGACAGGUUGACGCAGAACUACCUGCCUUGACGAUCGAAACCGCAAACUUCGAGGACAUCUGCAGCGCACCGAUAAGUCAAGCCAUCAAGCACUCCCAUAUCCAGGCCAGAGCCCAAACACAUCCCAGAUCACCGCCCUGUCGAGACAGCGGCAGUGAUUCCGCGACCAGAGACUCCGACAGCACGUUGCUGUAUGAUGGGCUUGCGACGGCGCCGGUCGAUGGUCUCGCUGCAGGAAUGGCUACAGCGACCACGUCGUACAACACUGACGUGUCUCAAUGGCCGGACUUUUCAGACAUGACUAUGCUGCCCAUGCUCGUGCAAGACAACCAUCGAAAGGAGAACCGGUCGCCACAGUCUCCUGCAAAUUUCUUCCCUGGGACAGAUGGAAAUGAUACAUUCUAUAUGGGAGCCGGGGCGGUCAUCGAUCUCGAUGCAGACCCAAACUCACUUGCACAGCUACCCGCAAUCCCCGACUGUCCGUGCCUGCCGAAUUUAUACCUCACUCUGUCCACGUUAUCGACGCUCAGUGCCUUCCCUGUAUCAUCAGGCACAAUAGACACACUGCUCGGCGCGCAUCGUACCGGGCGCGGGGCGGUAUACUGCGAAGUAUGCCCGCAGAAGUUCCAGUCCGGCUCGCAGAACGUCAUGCUGUGCGGUAUGCUGAUUACCAUCCUAGCAGACCAAUGGCAACGGGUGAGAAAGGCAACGGCAGCCGAUCUGAAAAGUGGGUUCGGCACAAGUACAGACGGGGAAGGGUUCUUGCGACCGACAAGACCUACACCGGGUCCUGAUGGCGAGGCGGAUUCGUCCACAUCCGCCCAUACAUCAUGGACUCCUAGGUCGAUGUCCAUCGAGGAAGACCUGGAAUGGCGUACAUUCGGAUACAGACUGGUGCGCGCGCACGUUUUUGGCGAUGCCCCAGUCCCCACGCCUCCAGGCUCACCAGUUCCGGCCAAGCCGACCACGCCCAGACCUUCUUACACACUAAAUGAUCUGUGUAGUGCUCUGGAGAGACGCCAAAGACAAUGGCACGGCCUGGAGCCAGGAUCUGACGAAUUUCCUGCCCGAAUGACCGGCGACCUUUCUGAAGGGCACACAGCUGGCAUGACGCAGAUAGAGCUGAAACGAUGUGAAGACGAGACUCUCGCGAACGGUGACGAACAUUUAUGCCUCAGAAUAGUCGGCCAUGCAAAGACGGUCAUGCGGAGCCUGGAUGUAAGCCCACCGUUACUGGAGACCUAA